GAGCCGUACAGAAUCCGUCCGAGGGAUCUAUGUGAUUGCAUCCCCAUGCAUUGAUUGAAUUGUUCUUUUUAUUUGCUUUAACUGAAACCUAAAAAAGUCUUGUACAUGUAGGAGGGGUACACGCUUCGAUGGUUGGGUCGCUUCAUCCAACAGAGUUGCAACACUUUUUCCUAUUUCCAUACUAUGCAGUUGCUGCAUUCUGUGAAGGGAGACUAAAGCAUGGAACUGUAGUGAAAAAAACAUCAUUGUCACAAAUUUUUAAAAAUAUUGGAUGCUGACUGUAUGAGUGUGAUUGGUGUUGAUAGGAUGGUGGAUACAUACAGAAACACUCUGUCUUGGAGCUUCAAAAAGUAUGGCUAGGCUCAUAAGUGAGUUCAUAUCAUGCAUGCACACAAAAAUGAAAUAUGAACAUUGCAUACACUUCAUACUAAAAUAAUCUUACGAGAGAGAGACGUGGAUAUUGGAUUGAUGAAACAUUGAAGCGAACCGGAGGACUUCUAACCGUACCAAGAUUCGAACAUACGGUAUAUGUAGUAGACGACUAAGCCUCUGCUCAUUUAUUUAGGUUCAUGUUUUGCAAAAUAAGAGGAGAAUAAUUGGUCUUCCUUGUGUCUAGGAACCAGACAGACAUAGUUUUUUUGAGUUCUAUUGCUUUUGGAACCAUGCCUCACUGCGUAAAAAAAUAACCACUCAAAUCACAAUGAAGAUCCUUCUUUGUCUCUCUAUCUUCUUCAUCUCUUCUCUCCCAUCCUCUUACAGCUGCAACUCAAAAGACAAAAACACUCUCCUUCAAAUCAAGAAACAUUUUAACAACACGGAAUUCCUCUCCUCAUGGGAUCCUCAAACCGACUGUUGUACAAGCUGGACAGGCAUCGAGUGCACUAACGGCCGCGUCACAUUAUUCUCUAUGGCCAACUACAGAACCCUCUACGGUCAGAUCCCUGACCAGAUCGGUGACCUCCUUGAACUCCGUACACUCGAAAUGAGUCACAUGAAACUAACCGGAAACAUACCACGCACCAUCACCAAACUCAAGCACCUCGUCUUCAUCUUCUUACGGUGGAACAAACUAUCCGGUCCAAUUCCUGAUUACAUCAGCGAGCUCAAAAGCGUUACGUUCUUGGACAUCUCCUUUAACAAGUUUACCGGUCCUAUUCCCGGUUGGCUUACUCAGAUGCCUAAGCUUCACACCUUUCAGGCCGACAACAAUUCGCUAACCGGUCCUGUACCGAACUCUUUCGGUUCCUUCGUAGGCAGCGUCCCUAAUCUCUUCUUGAAAAACAAUAAGCUCUCAGGAAAAAUACCGGAGUCGUUGUCAAAGAUGGACUUUCAAGCAGUAGUUCUGAAGGGAAACGGUUUCACAGGAGAUGGUUCGAUGUUUUUCGGAGGGAACAAAAGAACAGUACAAGUGGAUCUGUCGAGAAACUUGUUUGAGUUUGAUCUCUCCAAGAUUAAGUUCGGUAAGAGCCUAGCUAUGUUAGAUCUGAGCCAUAACCGAAUCUUCGGGACGCUUCCUAGGGAGCUGACUCAGCUACAUCUCGAGCGUUUCAACAUUAGUUACAAUCGUCUCUGCGGAAAAAUACCACGUGGUGGUCAACUUCAAACCUUUAAAUCAUAUGAGUUCGCUGAGAACCGCUGUCUCUGUGGGUCCCCACUUAAGAAGGCUUGUUAAGUUUGUUUUAAUGGCGUGACCACAAAUAAUUACGUUUUAUCUGUACGAUGAUGAUGUGUUAAUUAUCACUGCUUAUCAAAUGAAUUAUUCCUUGGAUGAAUUAAUGAUGUUGUAUCAUUUGUUCUUUCUUUAAGUGUUCGUUUUUUAAGAAUAACAUUCUUUUUGCUUUCAAAAGUGGUGGGUAUCUCUAGUAUCCACUUGUUUGCCCGUUUGUAUUGUUUAUAUCCUAACCGUUUUUGGGAAGUUCAUUCAUUACACAUCACUAUUAACGUAGUUUUUCACACUGUUUUUCUUUGGAAAGUAAGUAAACUAUUUUGUAAUAGACAAAGUGUCCCAUAUUGGUAGUUAGAAAAGAUCAUAAGAAAUAUAUAAGAUAGAUGGAUCAUUCUAUUCCUCUUAGCACCAAUUGAUUUUAGGUUGGAAACCCAACUAGCUUAACAUGGUAUCAGAGCCUGAUCCACGCAGUCUAACCCGAUCCACAUCGAUCUAGUCUAAAGUUGGCUCAUUGAUCCUUGCCCGAGCAUUCCGAGAUUGAUACUCAAAGAGUCAUCAUCUCGAGGAAGGGUAUUAGACACAAAAUGUACCAAUAUCGAUAGUUGGAAGAGAUCUUUAAUAAUAUAUAAGAUAGAUGAACCACACUUGACAUAAAAAUAAUAACACAUCAUACAUGCUAUUCAUCUAACAUCUAACAAACUUGUCAUCAUCUGAUAUAAGUUCUCUGUGGUACGUACACAAGUUAAUAUAUAGAGUGCAUGCAUGAAAAGGUAACCAAAGAUACUCUUUGUAGUAUCACGAGUUAAGUUCAAGUGUUAGGAUUAGACUGAUUUUUGAGAGCCAUAUCAACUAACAGAAUCCGUCCGAGGGAUAUAUGUGAUUGCAUCCCCAUGUAUUGAUUGAAUUGUUCUUCUUUUCUUUGCUUUAACUUAAACCUAAAAAAGUCUUGUAAAUAUAGUAGGAGGGUUACAUGAUUCGAUGGUUGGAUCUUCAUCCAACAGUACAGUUGCAACACUUCCAUUCCUAUCUCCAUACUAUGCAGUUGCUGCAUUCUGUGAAGGAAGACUAAAGUAUGGAACUGUAGUUGAAAAAAAAACAUCAUUGUCACAAAUUUUUAAAAACAUUGGAUGCUGAUUGUAUGAGUGUGAUUGGUGUUGAUAGGAUGGUGGAUACAUACAGAAACAAUCUGUCUUGGAGCUUAAAAAGCAUGGCCAGGCUCAUAAGUGAGAUCAUGGUUACAUGUAUGUAUCCUCCUUUCUGCUGCACAAUGGUGAGUUUCGCAGGGCAAUCAUGGACUGUCUCCAUAGGUCUUAGAGUGGAAGGAGCCAUGGUAACUUAACAAGAACACAACUUCUUUGAAAGGGAAGGGGUCAUAUGUAAAUAUAUUAAUCUCCUUGUAGGUUUGGUUUAGAGCAUGAUUAACCCAAAUACCCAAAUGGGUUUCUAAUUUUUCUUUUUUUUUUCCUUUUGGCCGAUUUUAAAAAAAAAAAAAAAAAAAAAAUUAAAAAAGAAUCAAUCGCGGACCGCCACAUGUCAGUGGAGCCUAUGCACAGUAAAAAAACCCAACUGCAUACGUUUCUUAUUUGGCUACAUUUAACUCCCUUCUUCCUCGGUUCCCUCAUUUUUGUGGGCCCUCUUUCUCCUAAAAACCUUUCUACAUACUCGGUUAAUGCUGCUCUUAGCCUUCGAAAGUGGUGGGCUCUACUAAUAUUCAUUUGCUUGGCUAUUGUAUUAUUGUUUUGUCUCGACACAUGGUCACUAUUACGUCCGUUGUUAUAUAAUAAACAUAGAUUUGCUCAAAGAAAAACAUAGAUUUUAACACGUUUAAAUUUAUUUUUGAGAAGUGUCAUAUGUUUACUUAAAUAUUUUAGUAUAUACGACUCUUUUAGCUGCAUUCAUAUGAAAUGAUUGAAUUUCUAACGUAACUUUUCUCCAUAUUUUGAGAAGUGUCGUAUGUUUACUUAAAUAUUUUAGUAUAUACGACUCUUUUGCAUUAAUUUUUCGAAUGUUCAAAAAUCUUGUUUACUCACAUAACUUUUCUCCAUAUUUUAGUCUCACUCUCACUUUUUUUUUGUCUUCCAUUUUUUCGCUAUUUCAACUCAAGUUCCUCUUCAAAAAUGAUUUUUUCUGGAAGUCUGACCGAAAAUCAAAUAUACUUGAAUUAUUGUACUUGCUAUGCCAUACACACAUGACACAUUGCG